AUGCUGCGAAGACAGACGCGCGAGAGGCGCGAGUACAUCUACAAGAAGGCGCUCGAGGCCAAGGAGAAGCAGAUCUACGAGCGCAAGCAGCGGAUCCGCGAGGCGCUGGCGAGCGGAAAGCCCAUCCCGCAGGACCUCAAGGGCCAAGAGGCCGAGCUGCUCGGAAAGGACCUCAACCUCGACGCUGCACAGGAACUGCCGUCGCAGUCCAUCGACGACGAGUACUCUCGUGCGGGGCAGUACGAUCCCAAGGUGCUCAUCACGACGUCGCGCGACCCGUCGUCGCGGCUAACGCAGUUUGCAAAGGAGCUGCGCCUGUGCUUUCCCAACUCGACGCGCCUCAACCGCGGUGCCUACACGGUCAACGACCUGGGCGCCGCCUGCCGCGCCAACAACCUCACCGACCUGGUCGUCGUGCACGAGCACCGCGGCGUGCCCGAUGCGCUCGUCGUCUCCCACUUCCCGCACGGCCCCACGCUCCUGUUUACGCUGAGCAACGUCGUGCUGCGCCACGAGGUGUCGAGCCACGCCAACUCGACCGUCAGCGAGCAGUACCCGCACCUCAUCUUUGAGGGGUUCAACAGCCAGCUUGGCGAUCGUGUCAAGAGCGCCCUCAAGUUCCUCUUCCCCGUGCCCAAGGACGACUCGAAGCGCGUCAUGACGUUUGCCAACCAGAGGGACUUUAUCAGCUUCAGGCACCACGUCUUUGUCAAGACGUCGCACCGCGAAGUGCAGCUGGCCGAGGUGGGACCGCGCUUCGAGAUGCGGCCCUACGAGAUCCGACAGGGCACCCUCGAGCAGUCCGAGGCCGACGUCGAAUGGGUCCUCCGGCCCUACAUGAACACGGCGCGAAAGCGUAACCAGCUCUAG